AUGCUGGUCCUAGUUUACAAAAGCUGCAUAGAGACUUCUCAGAUUGGAUUCAGGAGAGCUAGAAUUGAUAGAGAAAGUGAGAAAGCCCCUAUUGCCCCAUUAUUUCAAAAGGCCUUCAAUGGAAGGCACAAAUGCCCCCUGAAUUUAGAAGUGACAUUAGGGUUAGUGGCCAGCCAUAGCGUAUGUCAUGCCACACUGGACAAGAGCAUGGCUCAAAGCCCCAUGAUCGACGCGAAAACUUCGACGACGAGUAUGCGAACGAAUAAGGUCGGGUCAGCCGCGUCAGAAAUUGCGGCAGUGGAACCAGUCAUGCCAACUGCAAUACCACAAAAGAGGUUGCAGAGGCCUACUGUUAGACCUCCCCAGAACAGAGCAAAGCCUAGCGAGUAUUCAGCAACUGUUGUAAGAGGCAAAGAGGUGCCGUGA